UAGAAGUUGGAACUUAAUUUCGAUUUUCUCACCUCAAUUGGUGAAUUUGUGUUGUGGCAUUUGUUAAUUAAGUUUACUGUUAUUUUUUAAUUAUUGUCUUCAAUAUUCUUAAGAGCUAGAUUUAAAUUAAUCAAAUAGUUUAUAUUAUGUUAGUAGAUUACGGAAUUCUUUAAAUUAUAUUUAAACUUUAUCCUGAUCGUGGAUUGCAAAAGCUUUAAAAUAAUAUAUUCUGUACAGCCUGAAUCCAUUUUCUCUGCAUGUAUUAUUCUUUUCUGUGUUACGUACUCACCCAAGAAAUCCAAAAUGAAAGAAGAAAUCUGGGCUGCAGUUAACUUUUUAACUCGUCUUGUUAGUAAAUAUGAAGGUAUUAGUGAAGAUCAAAUGAAAGAUUUCCAAGAUACACUGAUUGAAGUUCUUACAGAAAAGUUUAAAGGACAUUGGUUUCCAGAAAAACCUAAUAAAGGCCAAGCUUACCGUUGUAUCAGGGUCAAUGGCAAUGAACGGAGGGAUCCUGUCCUGGAAAAAGCAGCUGAGAAAUGUGGCCUUCGAUAUGAAAAUUUGAAUUUGCCAGCUGAAUUAACUGUAUGGGUUGACCCUCUUGAAGUUUGUUGUAGGUUUGGGGAAAAUGAAGGUUCAUAUUGUACAGUCGCUUGUUUUAAAGAUAAUAAAGAAAAUUGUUCAAAUAAUGUUCAAAACUCACCUGAAUGCCAAAAGAAACAAAAGAACCGGAGAAAGCCUCUAGAAAAGCAGAAAAAACCUACCACCAUCCGAAACUCCACUACUCAGCCUUGUCCACCGAAAGGUUUCAAUCCUAAAUCUCCUCUCAUCCAUUCCAAAGGUGCCCCCUGCUACUUUAAUACCUAUUUCGACUGGAGUCCUGCGGGUAUUCCGAUUUCUGCACGAUAUCCUCGUAACAAUGGAUCCAAUAUGCUGGAUUUGCCAUUCAUCCGUCGUCCCAAGAAACCCAUUCGCCCCAUCUACCCCAAUGACAGAUAUCAUUGGGCAAGGAAGUGAUUUUUGCACCAACUUAUUUGUACAGAAGAAAAGGAUUUCAGAUUUUACAUUUAUUAUUAAAUUCUAUUUUAUGAUUCUGUGAUUAAAGUUGAAGAUUUAAAAAUCAGAAAUGUAUUAAGAUCAAAGGGUUAUAUAUCAAUGUAUUUAAUUCCCGGUGUUUUUAUUCCUUUUAUAUAUGUGAGCUUUCCAAGUUAAGAAAUUAUUGUAAUUUAUAUGAUUGAGGUGCAAUUGUUGAAUUUUGAUUAAAAAUGUAUGUAUGAUUAUUAAAUGUUUUGAAAUUGUAUGAUUCUUUUAUGUAAUUGUAGCUGCCAUUUUUUUUAUACAUGCAUAAUUUUGCAUUUUUUUAAUGAUAUGUUAUGUUUAAAAACCUUUAUACAUAGUUUUGUAUUUCUGCACUUAAUAUUUUAGUUUAUAUCUAUUUAAUGUACUUUUUUGGUAUGCCUUUUUUUUUUUUUUUGGUUAACAAACAAAUGCAUUGCAUAUUUAUCUUAGCAUUCGUCUAAUAUUCACCUCACUUAAAUGUUUAUAUGAGGGAUAUUAAAUUAGUAUUAUUCUAUUAAAACGCACAAAGAUACCUCAAAUAUAUGAGGUACCUGUUUUAGAGGUAUACUAAUUGAUAUUUAUAUAUAGAUGUGACCAAGGAUGUGCUUUAAAAAAAAACUUUCUCAGGAUUUAUCAUCUAGAUUGUAACUUUGGCAAUGUUAAGUUUUUGUAAAUUAUUCCACAGUUUAAAAACCAUGUUUAUAUGAAUAUACUUAGAUCUGUGUAAUUUUUUCUAUUGUAAACUGUAAAUUUAUUCCAUGUUUUCUCAUCUCAGUUUGUCAUUGUUCAAACUGCAUUGUAUAAAAUGUUGCAAGACCAAUGCUUUUUACCCAUUGUCAUUCUAAGAAUUUCUAUAAAUACUAGUCUUGUAAAGUUGGUCUUGCAGUCCCAGAACGUAAUUUAUUUUUUAUUUCGGGCAUUUAGGAAGAAGAGAGCCAGUUUCACUUUCAUUCAUGUCUGGUUCCAGUUCAAAGAACUCCAUUCAAAGCAUUUUGUGAGGUGAUAAUUCGCAGUGCUUUCUAUUUAAAUAGUAGACUAAUUGUAGAAAAUGCUUUUUAGUGAAGCUUAUGCACAAUCCUUUUUGUAACAUCUGUCAUUUGCUAUUGACAGUUUUAAAUGUCUUUGAGCACACAUCUCUUUUUAAAAAGCAAACUAUUCUCAAUAAAAGCAAUUCAUUUUUGCUCUCUUUGGAGUCACUGUUGUAUAUCAAUUUAGAAUGGGGAAAAUUGAAUAUAUGCACCAUAAGGCCUUGUAAGUUAAUCUGAGGACCCAAUAAGUCUUUACUUAAAUAUCUCAUUCCUACACUUUUUACCAAUGCAUAUUCUUGAAGUGAGAAAUAAAAUGUUUUGUAUUUCAUGAUUGAUAUCUGCCCAUUGUAAGGAGAUAAUUGCAACUCCUGAGGAUCGCUUUAUUUGCGAUCUAGCAGUUUUCGAUUGUUACUUAGUUCAGAUAAGUUAAAUGUAAGAAGCACUAAUAAUGAACCUCAAAAUAAAUUAUAAGUAAAAUAUUUCUUUAAGUUGAAAAGUUGGAUUGCAUAUUAAAAUUAUCAAGUAAAAGAAAAUAUAUUAAAUUUAAUACAGUUAGUUACAUUCUGCUAUUUAUUUUCUUCUUAAAUUUUAGAAUUAUUUGAAAGAAGCGUUAGAAUUCAGCAGAUUAAUCGGGAUUAUAAAAAAAUAUUGCCAGUCAUUGAACAUUUAUGGCUCUGAACUUUUUCCACUGAUGUAAAGUUGAGCUCAAAGCUCUGAAAGAAAUCAAAUUUGAUUGAUUUUUAAACAAGAAAUUUAGCUUUUGCCAGGUAAUAAAAAUUUUACCAACAAUUAGAUGAUAAUGUAGUUAUCCUAAUAUGUAUAAUAAUUCUUGGAAUGUUUAAAACAUUGUUCAGUUCUUACAUUAGCUGAUAAUUUAUCUUACAGUUGAAUAUUAAUCCCUUUUCCUUUACAUAUACCAUAUAAUUCAGGCAUGUUUAUUGUGGUUACAGCAAUAUUAAUAAAUUUUCAAAAUAAUCUUAAUUUUGUUUUUUGUUCCUUUCCUAAGUGCGCUUAUAUAAUCUUGACUUCGCUCGAGGCUCUUAGUUACAGAGCCAUUGAGAGUUGGAAAGCUUUUCUCAUUUUGCAACUAACUGUUGAAAAACAAUCGUUUACUUGCAUUCAGGAUGUUCUAACUCUCAGGGCAAUGGUGUAUUAUUCCCCCUUUGUAACGGUGAAAGAAAGAAAAUCUAUCUUUUAAAGAACAAACUUACUUUUUUGUAACUUGUCGAUAUUUUUUGAAUAAAAGUGCUUGGAUGUUCAACAA